AUGGCUUCCGAGUUAGACGUGUCAACCACUUUCAUCCCGGCUCUAUACAAGCCAGCAGCUUUGCUACCAAUUGCGCGACACAAAGAGAGCCUCUUGUACUUGGUUGAAAAAUACCCGGUCACAAUCGUGGUGGGCCAGACGGGAAGUGGAAAAACAACCCAGCUGCCCCAGUAUCUGGAUCAAGCAGGCUGGUGUAAAGAUGGCAAGGUCAUUGCAGUGACACAGCCUCGACGAGUCGCUGCAACGACCGUCGCAACUCGUGUUGCUGAGGAAAUGCGAGGCAAGAUCGGUGAAGCAGUUGGAUACUCAAUCCGCUUCGAAGAUACCACCUCAGAAUCAACGAGGAUCAAAUUCCUCACUGAUGGAAUGCUUCUGAGAGAAGCCCUAGUCGAUCCUCUCUUAUCACGGUACUCCGUGAUCAUGGUCGACGAAGCCCACGAGAGAUCUCUCAGCACAGACGUCCUUCUUGGAAUUCUCAAGAAGAUCCGGAAAAAACGCCCUGAAUUGCGCAUCAUUAUCAGUAGCGCUACCCUUCAAGCGGAGGAAUUUCUGCGGUUUUUCACGGACGAUGAAUUCAAUCCCGAGGCAGAACCUGCCGACCUGGGCGGGAGUGUGGGGCGGAUCAUCAGUCUGGAAGGCAGGAUGUAUCCCGUAGAUACAUUAUUUCUCGAAUCACCCGCAGAAGAUUACGUGGAACGAGCUGUCAAGACGGUACUCGAUAUUCACACCCAAGAACCAGAUGGUGACGUUCUCCUCUUCUUAACCGGUCGCGAGGAAAUCGACCGAGCAAUCCAAUUGAUAUCCGAGCGGGCCGCGUACCUUCACCCGAAAGCGCCUUCGCUGCUCACUUUGCCGCUCUAUGCGGGCCUAACCACCGAACAACAGAUGUACGUCUUUGAGCCAGCACCAGAAAAUACAAGAAAGGUCAUUGUCUCGACGAAUAUCGCGGAAGCCUCGGUCACGAUAGACGGCAUUGUAUACGUUAUCGACUGUGGAUUCGCGAAAUUGCGAGCCUACAAUCCUGCCACUGGUAUCGAAACAUUGACAGCUGUGCCAAUCUCAAAAGCCUCUGCCACACAGCGGGCUGGGCGAGCGGGCCGAACAAAGCCCGGGAAAUGCUUUCGCUUGUACACUCAACAGACAUAUCAAGAACUUCCCGAAGCUACCAUCCCAGAGAUUCAACGGUCCAAUCUUGCACCGAUCGUGAUGCAGCUUAAAGCGCUAGGGAUUGACAAUAUCGUCCGAUUCGGCUUUUUGACAUCACCCCCAGCCGAACUGGUCAUUCGUGCCUUUGAGCUUUUAUAUUCCCUCGGUGCGGUAGACGACUACGCCAAGCUUACCAAACCACUCGGCAUACGAAUGGCAGAACUGGCCGUGGAUCCAAUGAUGGGCAAAGUUCUUCUAGCAGCGCCCAAAUUCGGCUGCCUGAGCGAGAUCCUCACUAUCGCAGCCAUGGUCAGUCUUCAGGGAACAGUUUGGGUCCAACACGACGGCGACAAGAAAGCCGCCGAAAGCCAUCGCCGGAAAUUCGCAGUCGAAGAGGGCGAUCAUCUCACAUAUCUGAACGUCUAUCAAGCCUUCAUCACAAAAGGCAAGAAAGAAUCAAAAUGGUGUCGCGACAAUUUAUUGAAUUACCGAGCUUUACUGCGGGCAGUUAGUAUCCGCGGACAACUGAAGCGAUAUCUCGAACGCUUCGGCAUUCAAACUGACGAAACACUCUCCCGACACAAUGCUCCUGAUCUAAGCAACACACCUGAGCAAAUACAGCGGUGUCUCACGACGGGAUAUUUCGCUCAUGCUGCGAAAAUGCAGCCAGAUGGCACUUUCAAGACUGUUAGUGGUGGCUUGACACUUCAUGCCCAUCCUAGCUCUUUGAUGUUUAACCGAAAAGCGGACUGGGUCAUCUUCCAUGAAAUUAUGCAGACGGGUGAGAAAACGUACAUUCGAGACGUUACUAAGAUCGAAAAGGGCUAUCUUUUGGAAUAUGCCCCGGAGUACUACAGGAUUUCUUAG